AUGAGUAAGCCACUGAAGGACGACGAGGACACCGGCAGUGGUGAAGCCACCUCCACCUCCACAAUGGUGACGCCAGUGGAGAAUGCAGCAAUACCGAGUGUCGAGACCACAGACUGCUGCAGCUUCGCAGAACAUGGCAAGCUCACGUGGUGGUCGGCAGUGCUGCUGGCCGCGUACGUCGCCGGCUCUGUGGUGGCCAUUGUGGUGAUUGCCACGUACUCCAUUCGUCGACUGCCGCCUCCAUUAAGCAACACUCAGGGGAACGACACGGCAGUGGGCGGUGUUGCAUUCACGUUAUGGCAGACAUCAUGCCCAUCAGUCAGGCCUGGAGAAGUGUUUCACUGCACAACAUAUGUGGAUUGUGUCUUGUUGGGCACAUCGUGCGCUCCACCCGCUGUAUUGGAGGUCAUGCAGUGCCACACAGUCGCAGUUGCAGCAUCGGUGCUGAAUCAAGUGUGCGUGUCAGGGCUUUCGUAG